GGGGGGGCGGGGGAGGCGGAGAGACAUUUAUAAAUGGCGCCGAAGCAGGACCCGAAGCCCAAAUUCCAAGAGGGUGAACGUGUGCUGUGCUUCCAUGGGCCUCUCCUAUAUGAAGCAAAGUGUGUAAAGGUUGCCAUAAAGGACAAACAAGUGAAAUACUUUAUACAUUACAGUGGUUGGAAUAAAAAAAGUGCUGUGAGGCCCAGGCGCUCUGAAAAAACUUUGAAGACACGUGAGGAUAUUGUAGCCCUUUUUCCUGUUCCUGAAGGAGCUCCCUCAGUACACCACCCCUUCCUGACCGCUAGCUGGGAUGAAUGGGUUCCAGAAAGCAGAGUACUCAAAUACGUGGACACCAAUCUGCAGAAACAGAGAGAACUUCAAAAAGCCAAUCAGGAGCAGUAUGCAGAAGGGAAGAUGAGAGGAGCUGCUCCAGGAAAGAAGACCUCUGGUUUGCAACAGAAAAAUGUUGAAGUACUUUUUCAGAACAGAUGGAUUACACGCUGUUUGGAGACCUCUGCAAUAUCAAUGCGGAAAACCAAAAAGAACAAACAGAAAACUCCCGGGAUCGGAGAGGGCAGCAGUACCAGCGAGACACCCCAGCCACCUCGGAAGAAAAGGGCCCGCGUGGACCCCACGGUUGAAAGUGAAGAAACAUUUAUGAACAGAGUUGAAGUUAAAGUAAAGAUUCCUGAAGAACUGAAACCGUGGCUGGUUGAUGACUGGGAUUUGAUCACUAGGCAAAAACAGCUCUUUUAUCUUCCUGCCAAAAAGAAUGUGGAUUCGAUUUUAGAAGAUUACGCAAAUUAUAAGAAAUCCCGAGGAAACACAGAUAAUAAGGAAUAUGCCGUCAAUGAAGUUGUGGCAGGGAUAAAAGAGUACUUCAAUGUGAUGCUGGGCACUCAGCUCCUGUACAAGUUUGAGCGCCCCCAGUAUGCCGAAAUCUUGGCCAACCACCCAGAAGCACCCAUGUCGCAGGUCUACGGGGCCCCCCAUCUCCUGAGAUUGUUUGUUCGAAUUGGAGCAAUGCUGGCCUAUACGCCUCUUGACGAGAAGAGCCUGGCUUUGUUGUUAAACUAUUUGCAUGAUUUCCUUAAAUAUUUAGCAAAGAAUUCUUCAGCGCUGUUUAGCGCCAGUGAUUACGAGGUUGCCCCUCCUGAGUACCAUCGGAAAGCAGUAUAACAGUUGGAAGCCACGUCUGGAACCUCUGUAAACCUCUGUUUGUGUGCAGGUGUGCGUGCGGGUGUGCGUGUGUGUGGUUCUUGCACAAAAUAACGUACUUUAAGUGUUUGUGUACAAUGGGACCGAUUUGAGUUCUUGUAUUUUCUGUUCUCUCUGAAACAGAAGGCUGGAGGGGAAGUUUGAGCCCUUUCUGUGGCUCUGAAAUGGCGACCAGCGGUCAGCCGUAGUGGAAACUUAGUGACAUGCCAUAGGAUGUUGUUUGUCUAGUCAAUGAAGCUGCUUGAAUCCUGGCGGGUCCAUUCCAGGUACACAGAGCCUGUGCAGGACGUGCGUUUAUUGCUUAGUGUCAAGAAACCUGCCUCUGAGUGCCAAAGGUUCAGCUAAUUCACUCCCUGUAUAUAACUUCAAGGUGGAUUCCUCGUGUUUUUCUUGGUGCUGAAAUUACGAGCACAUUUCCCACACCUUCCUAUGUUUUGUUCCACUGGCAAUUGCCCUUUGACUGGAUUGAAGGAUCAUGACUUUAUUUUACAGUUUUUGUCUUUGUUUCUAAUGCAUGUUCUAACAUAGGAGCAGUGCAUUCGCAUACUGCUUCAGUUUUCUGGAAAUCUUGGUCACUUCAGGAACUGUUUUACAGGUUUUCAAAAUAAAACUUUUUUUUUUUAUUUCAAAAAGUUA